GAGGAUAACCUCACGCAAGCCACCAGCAGUUUCCAUAUCAGGAUGAAUUGUGUAUUGUGAAUCUGUUGUUCUCAUUCAGAAAUGUGACAGUUUUUCUGAGAAAAAUUGGCUUCCUGAAGCAUAGUCCGAGAAAAGCACUUUCUGCAGUUUAUUUUGAAUACUUCUCCAAAGCAUAUCGGGGCAAAGUUCUCUUAUUCCAAAAUCCUUUCUGAAGGGUUCAUAGGUGUCUAAGAUUCAUCAAUUUGGAGACAUACCUGAUUCAAGAUGUACCUGAAGCUGACUAUAAUUCUCUGUGCUGUAAUAGUGCUGCUUCAUAUCAUUGACACAACAGUGGGGCAAGCCAUUGGGGAUGAUGUUGCCAAACAGUAUGGUCAGAUCGGAGGAAGUGUCACACUCACCUGUGACAACACAGAUAAUGGAGCAGUUGAAUGGAAGCUGAAUGAUUCAAAAAUCAUUCAGACCAGAAAUGUGGAACUAACAAGAACAAAACUCAUUCUCUUCAACAUCAAUGUGUCGCAAGAAGGGCAAUACAGAUGUCACAAUCCAGAGUCAGGCAAAAUUUACAGAACAAUCUCAUUGAUGUUAGGAUAUCCACCCGGAAAGCCUCAGGUCACCUGUCAGUCAGUGAGAUAUCCUCUGAAUGUGGUCUGCUUGUGGAAACUGGAAAACCAAACCUACCUUCCCACACGGAUCAAUGCCUCAUACAGAUAUGGAGUUGAAGAUGUCAAGCAGUGUUCAACUGCAGAGGAAUUGCAAGGCACCUGCACAAUCGAAGGCAUCCAACUCUUCUCAAAGACUUCCUACACAGUGAAGGUGACAGCAACGAACCCUCUAGGAUCCAGAUCGACUAUUACACAAUUUAUUGUGGAGAAGAUAAUCAAGCCAGAUCCACCGACAGAAGUCAACAUUUCUCCAAUACCCAACCAACCAAAGAAACUAUUGUUGCAAUGGAAGCCGCCUGUCACGUGGCCUGAUCCCAAUCUGUUUUUGUUGAAGUACAGAAUAAUGUACUGGCCCAAGGGAUCAACCAGAUAUCAGAUGAUCGAGAUCAAUGAUCAAACCAGCUAUAUCCUGAGUGGCCUGCGAUCCAGAGCUGUAUACUUUGUAAAAGUUGCAGCAAAGGAUUUUGUUGACAAUGGCAUGUUCAGCGAUUGGAGUCCGACUGUUUCUGCACGCCUGUGGUCAAACUGAGGGAUGAAACUGUCUGUGCACUGAUGCCUCUGAAGUUAAAAUUGACAACAAACGUGAUAAUUCUCAUGAACUUCCAUCAAAAGAGCAGAACAAGAGAUAAAACACCUCACUGAAAUAGAAUUAAACACUGCACAUAGCCCUCAUGCUUUUUAUGAUGCAUUUUUUCAUGGCAAAUCUUUUCCUAAAUUGUGUAAAAUAUAUAAUCUGUUAUUUUUGA